CCACACAGUUGUCUUCAUCACCAACUGUAGCAUAAAAAAAUGUGUCCAGAGUAAUCUUGCUGCAGAGAUGUUGAGGAACGUAGCCAUGUUAGCAGUCUACUGGUGCACCAUCACUGCUGUUUGCCUUGGAUUGGCAGGUGUCUUAGGCGAGAAAAUCAUUGAUGGGAGAGAAGCCAAACCGCACAGCCGACCCUACAUGGCCUAUUUGAAGAUACAAAGAGGCGAAGACUUUUUCAAAUGUGGAGGUGUCAUCAUUCACCGAAGCUUCAUUCUGUCAGCCGCCCACUGCAGUGGAAAGAAUAUUACUGUAAUUCUAGGGGCUCAUGAUAUCUUGAACAGGGAGACAUCAUGGCAGAAGAUUCUAGUGAAGAAGAUAAUUGUUCAUGAGAAGUAUAAGAAGCCAGCGCAUGGAAAUGACAUCAUGCUUUUGAAGCUGCAGCACCAGGCCACAUGGACUCCAGAGGUGCAGCCCAUCAAGAUUCCAGAUGCAGGUGUGGAUAUCCAACCCAACACCAGCUGCUCUGCGGCGGGAUGGGGCAAAACGAACACCAAUAGUAUGAGCAACAAUGUGCUGAGAGAAGUAAACGUCAAAGUUCAGGAUGUCAACAAAUGUAAGGCUGCGAAAAAAUACAACCUACAGGAAAAAGUGAUCUGUGCACGAGGCACUGGCAUUAAAGGGACCUGCAAUGGGGACUCCGGGGGUCCGCUGAUCUGUCCCAUCAGAGGAGCCCAUCUGGCAGCUGUGGGAAUUGUAUCUUUUCGUUUGUCUAACGAUAGACAGUGUGAAGACCCUGACCGCAAUAACGUCUAUAUGAAGGUGUCGGCAUAUUGGAACUGGAUUAAAAAACAUAUCAGGGCCAACUCCCUGACUUGGUGAGGCCACCACACUGCAUUAAGCCAAAUGAACUGCCAGCAAUGUGAAAAUCCGCAAGAGAGAGAGGAGGAUGCAAGGUGACUUUGUCACCAGUAGCAAUGCUUGUUAGCAAAUGUAACUGCCUGCCUGAAUAAACAUUUCUGUCUAAGCAAACAAGCCUCUGGUUCAUGACUGCAGCCUCAGCUUCUUUAGGAAUACGUAACUCCAUAGAAUUAAACUCUACGUGGUGUCUCAA